AUGGCAGCACGCAGGGCACCAGCUCGGAUGCCAACUCAGACGCGCUCUCCACCUACAAGUGCAGCCGAGGUGCAUCAGCAGCAUCAAGCGGCACAGGCGGCCGCAGCAACACAACAAUCUCCACAACAAGACGCGCUCUCGGUCCUCCUCGUCACCGCCGGCUACGACCACACCAUUCGCUUCUGGGAAGCAUGGUCUGGCAUCUGCUCUCGUACGAUUCAACAUCCCGAUUCGCAGGUCAACCGUCUGUCCAUCAGCCCGGAUAAGCGUUUCUUGGCGGCAGCGGCCAACACGCACAUUCGACUGUACGACUGUUCAAUAGCUUCUUCCUCGAGCAUCGCCGCUGCGAAUGCUGCUGCUGGUGGAUCAGCAGCAGGCGGGUCGGGUACAAACAACAUCGGUGCGCCAGCCCAGCCCAUUGCAACGCUCGAAGGGCAUACGGGCAACGUGACGGGCAUCGCGUGGCACUGCGAUAUGCAAUGGCUCGUUUCAGGAGGCGAAGAUGGCUUGCUCAAGAUUUGGGACCUGCGCACAUCGCGUGCGACUCGCAUCUACGACCACAGAGGACCUGUCAACGAUGUGGUCGUUCAUCCGAACCAGGGUGAACUGGUCAGCUGCGACCAAAAUGGAAGUGUAAAAGUAUGGGAUCUCGGACAGAAUGGAUGCAGUCACGAACUGGUACCGGAAGAAGGCGUGCCCAUUCGAUCCGUGACGGUAGCUGCAGACGGAAGCUGCUUGGUUGCGGGUAACAACACGGGCAAAGUGUAUGUCUGGAGGUUCAUCAAUGGCGUUUACGAUGCACAGCAAGCGGGGCAACCGCCAUCACCAGCAGGAGGCGCAGGAGACUUCACCGAGCUACAACCGGUGACCACUUUCCAAGCACACGAAAAGUAUCUCACCAGGGUGUUGCUCAGUCCUGAUGUUCGACACCUGGCAACAUGUUCAGCAGACGCAACGGUCAAGAUCUGGUCGACCUCGCGCUACGAAUUCGCGCUGGAAAAGACACUCGUGGGCCACCAACGCUGGGUGUGGGAUGCAGCAUUUAGUGCCGAUUCCGCCUACCUCGUCACUGCUUCUUCAGACCAUGUGGCGAGGUUAUGGGAGUUGGCGUCCGGUGAGACUGUGAGACAGUACAAUGGCCAUCAUAGAGCUGCGGUGUGUGUCGCGCUGAACGAUGCUUCGCUGGGUGGGCCAUGA